CACGCCAUCGUGUUUCGGUAAGAUGAAUGGUGGUUGAUCGAGUAUGCCGUGGGAAAAGGUAUUUUUGGUCGUUCUCAUCACUUCGAGCAUCGAUUGUUAUCGUUUUGAGAGUCUGAUUUUGAUUUGACGCCCUCGUUUUUGUGCGUUGAAAACGCAGCAUCGACGAAAAGCGAUUCUCAUAGGAAUUAAGAUGAUUCUUCAGCGUUGUCCUUGAAUCUUGUUUUUGGUCUUCAACUUUAGCUUGAAUUCUUUCUUUCUUUUCUUCUUGCUUCACGUUCUCUUGUUUGUUACCGUCAUUAUCCUUAGGCACACUGGGUUAAGGAUUAGGCCAAAUUAGUUUUUAAUUCACUUGCAGUACGGAGCUUUCUGCUGGCGACAAAAGCUUAUCAAGACCUAUGAUUACGUCAAUUUUAAUCGACAUCUGUUUUCUUUGAAACAUGGAUAAAUGGAUUCUUGAAUUUCAAAUAUGAUUUAUUCCUCGGAUACGGGAUGUACAUUGCCAAAAACAGUUUCCCGGUAGACCCUGAGCAAAUUCAAUCUUAAAAAAAAAAGGAAAACAAGAAAAGACUACCAUGACAAUCUCAUCUAUCUUUACCCUUAAAUGUUGACCUCACCCCCCAUUUUUUUUUCUUGUUUAGCCAAACCCUGAAGCAAAUGCUGUCACUCUUAUUGCACAAUCCAUUUGCUUCAGUUCACUGCAACUGCUUCUUGUGUUUACGUUUACGUUCGACUGGAGACUUUUGUCGCAUCAAGUGAGACGAUAACAACUGUAGCCCUCCAACCCUCCCCCUAACCACGUAACUUACGUUCUACAACUGACGGAGAGGUAAAGGCCGUAGUAUUUGUGAGGAAUCUGAGAAUACCGAACACAAAAGGGUAGAAUAAACGUUAUAACGUUUUUUGAUAGAAAAUGUUUAUCUCUGGAAAAGGGACUGUUGUCAUAGUAGCCAUUCUUAUCUAGUAAACAAAAUCGCCAGCAAUCCCGAUAAAUAAGUCCAGAAUCCUUCGUUUGAAGGGAAUCGGUAAAGUAGGAUAAUCAUUGUCCGCACAAGUUUGGAAACGGUUCAGCUUUACCCAAACCAUGCUUGGAAUCAAUACUAAAAGGGAGUUAGAGAUAAUCGUCGAACACGUACGUCCGGGACUCUUUUGCGUACAUUUCCAAUGGAAUUAUCCGAGCAUGACGGUAAAAAAAAAAAAUAAGGACGUGAAAAACCCAUUACAAUUAGGAAACAAUGACGGGAAUUUAAACACUGAUAAGGCAGCAAUUUUAAAUCCGGCCAUCCCCUCCUCAGGUGCUGGAACACGAGCCGUCGUAGAAGGUAUGGUAUCAGGAUCGCUGUUCGAUGAACUUCAGCAGCAAGAAGUCCAGCAUUUCCUGUACGGGACAUCAACAGCCAACAGAAACCAUCCACAGACCCACCACAGAUCCUUAAGACAUACAAUUGGUUAUGUACCCCUUGCUGGACUUGUAAAACGCAAUGUGCCUCGUCAACGAAACUUUACGUUUGUUCCUCCAGAAACUCCAUUUGAAUCUACCGCCAGAGAAUCUUCAAGUGUUCAUGGUAUACCAAUUGAACUUCCCGAAGUAAAUACUCCAUUAGAAUCCUCUAUCAAUACCUCCGGUCAACCUACAGCCAAAGACGAUGCGAUUAAGUAUACUGCUAAAUUCUUAAUAAACAAGCAGGUAUACAUUUUGAAGGCAUCAUUCACCACGUCUACGGGCAUCACCUUGGGUUCAUUAACCCUAAAGCAAGUGACAACCAAACCCUGCCCAGCCACCGAAAAGGCAAUAGUAGACGAGGUAAGCGGCGAACCGAGCCGCUUUGAGGGCAAAAUUGAGAACGAUAACAUCCAGUCACCAUCGGCUGUUUGGGUGAACCUCAGUGGAAUCGAAAAAAAACAUCGAAAGCUUAAGUUUUCGAAUUCAGAUCAGUCCUGGGUGUUGGAUGAUUUUGACGGCAGCUUCGUCCAUUCCGCAUGCUACAAUACCGGCCCUACUGAUUGGAAACCGCUGGCUGGGUCGCUAUGGAUCGAGUUUGUAACUUCCAAUAUGGGAGAAAAAAAGGCCCUUAAGCAAGUCACCGACUUGUAUGUCGAACAGAUUUACUGCGACGUGCAAUUCUCUCUUAGAGGAGAGCAGCAAAUUGGAAGCCACCGAAAUAUACUGGCGGCCAGAAGUCCAGUGUUUGCCGCAAUGUUUCAGCACGACAUGAAAGAGGCAACCACUGGACAAGUUCAUAUGGAAGAUAGCGAACCAGACGUUUUCAAGCAGCUCCUUCACUACAUCUACUCGGGCAGGAUUUCGACGCCGUUAACUGAUGCGAUGGCUCAAUCUUUGUUCGUGGUGGCUGACAAAUACGAAAUUCAAGACCUGAAAGAAGAGUGUGUCAUUUUUCUGCUGACCUGCCUCAGGAUGGACAAUGUUGUCGGUCUAUUGGUCUGGUCGUAUCUUUACUCGGUUGAAGAGUUAAAAGAAGUUACGCUCACCUUCAUGGCCCAUCAUGGCAAAGAAAUUUGUCUUUUAAAAGAUUGGGAGGAGCUAGCCAAGAACUAUCCAGAACUCUCCGUCUUGGCAACUCGACGUAUGAUGGAUUGCAAGGUCUAACGGGAGGAAAAAUAAAAAAGUGGCUUGGUAACUAAACUUUAUACAUGUAUCGAACGUUAUGUUUCGUGAAAAUUUGAAAAAUACACAGGAUAAUGAAUAAA